GAAUAGAUUCUUUUUUUAUUGAUGGGAAUAUGGGAUUGGCUUCUAUAGUUAUCUAUUACUCCGUAUCAACAAAGUUCAAUACGGCGAUAAACAAAAGUAUCUUUAGUUUAUACAAGUAAUAAUGGUUUUCGGCCUAUCACCCUUUUUCUUAAAUUCUUGAAAAGAAUUCUCGAAUACCAAAGAAGACCUAUAUAUCAACUUCUUCAGUUCUUUGAAGGGAAAAGAGGAAAGAAACCCUUUUUCUCUCUAGCCUCUAGCUAAUAGCAAAACCCUUGAUAGAUCUCCGGCCUCCUUCAUAUGAACUUAUGAAGAGAAAUUCUUCUUUCUAAACAGUACAAGGCUAGGAAAAGUCAAAAGGUCUAACGUGGUGUUCGAUCUCUAAGCGAGGGAAGGUGGAUAAGAAGUAUGGAAAGCGACCACUUCCGGUGGAAGCGCCGCCGCAGGAGAAAAGCGGCGAGUUCCAAUCUUACCCCGCCGCCACCGGUAGCUCUUUCAUGUUCUCCGGCUAUGCCGGGACUGCUGCCGCUGCUAUACCAUCGCCUACUCCGGCUGCCGCCACCACUCAAGCGUUGCAGGUACGAGGAAAUGCGAGACCACAUUAUAGAGGGGUAAGGCAGAGGCCAUGGGGAAAAUGGGCAGCUGAAAUAAGGGACCCUAAGAAGGCGGCGCGCGUUUGGCUCGGGACAUUUGACACGGCUGAGGACGCCGCGCUAGCAUACGACCAAGCCGCUCUCAAAUUCAAAGGCACCAAGGCUAAGCUCAACUUCCCCCAAAGGGUUCAAGGCAAGUCCAAAGUAUGCUUCAUCAGCCCUGACAAUGGAGGCGGAGGAGCUUCCUCCGCCUCCGCUCCUCAAAUUCUUAGCGGCAACCAUCAACUGCCGAUGACGAUGUCAUCCCACCAGCAGGACGUCGCUUACCCUUAUCUCCAACAAUACGCUCAGCUUCUUUCCAGCUCCGACGCUGAAUUCCCUUACUUGACUUCAGCUCUCUACAAUCAAGCUGCCUUAAUGCAGCCAUCGGCACUCUCUCCUCCUCCAACUGCGGCAGCGCCGCCUCACACGCCGCCGCCGCAGCGACAAAUGCAAGAUCAAUAUUACUCACCAUAUUUUGCCCAGUUCGGGAGUAUUCAAGACUCCGAGUAUCAAAGUUACGGCGGCAUGGGUUUUGAUUUUGAUUAUGCAAACAACCCAAAUGAGAAUAUAGACUAAACGAGCUAAGCUUUCUGUUGUCUUUUUUGCAAGUGUGUAUUUAUUGCAAUCAUAGCAAUUAGCAAUAUAAGGCAAUGAACGAUUCCAUCUGAUGGCUAGUUUAUUGCUGGAAUGGAUACGAUACUCAAGAUUAGGGUUAUUGUACCAAAUGCUUGUACUAUACCCAAUGCUUGUAGAUGGUUGACAUGAUCGACUAUCCACUAGAAAUAUUGUGGGUGAAAUGUAUAAAUAUUAACUUUAACUAUUGGUAUUGUUAGAUUUUCGUACAUCAACUCUUAAACGAAAC